ACCAACCCUACAAGAUGCACUUAGAACCCCCGCGGCUGGAAGAAUGAGCUUGUCCUUCCUCCUCCUCCUCUUCCUCAGCCACCUAAUCCUCAGCGCCUGGGCUCACGGGGAGAAGCACCUCGCCCCCAAAGGGCAACCCGGACCCGCAGCCACCGGUCGGAACCCGGCGGGCGCCAGCAGCAGUAGGAGCAGCAGGGGCACGACGUCUUCCUCUUCUUCCUCCGUCUCCUCCUCCCCCUCGGCUUCUCUGGGCAACCAAGGAAGCGGCUUGGAGCAGAGCAGUUUCCAGUGGAGCCCCUCGGGGCGCCGGACCGGCAGCCUCUACUGCAGAGUGGGCAUCGGUUUCCAUCUGCAGAUCUACCCGGAUGGCAAAGUCAAUGGCUCCCAUGAAGCCAAUAUGUUAAGUAUUUUGGAAAUAUUUGCUGUGUCUCAGGGGAUUGUAGGAAUACGAGGAGUUUUCAGCAACAAAUUUUUAGCGAUGUCAAAAAAAGGAAAACUCCAUGCAAGUGCCAAAUUUACCGAUGACUGCAAGUUCAGGGAGCGAUUCCAAGAAAACAGCUAUAAUACCUAUGCCUCAGCAAUACACAGAACUGAGCCAGCAGGCCGGGAAUGGUAUGUGGCCCUCAAUAAGAGAGGGAAAGCUAAGCGAGGCUGCAGCCCGCGGGUUAAACCCCAGCACAUCUCUACCCACUUUCUGCCAAGAUUCAAGCAGCUAGAGCAGCCAGAACUUUCUUUCACAGUCACUGUUCCUGAGAAGAAAAAGCCACCCAGUCCUGUCAAGCCAAAGGUUCCCCUUUCUGCACCUCGGAAAAGUCCCAACACCGUGAAGUACAGACUCAAAUUUCGCUUUGGAUAAUAUUCUUCUUGGCCUUGUGAGAAACCAUGCCUUCGCCUCAGGAGUUUCCACGGGUGUCUUUAUGGCUCUGAAGAAAAACGUUCGGAUACACCUGCAGCUACACUCCACCGUAGUGAAGUCCAGUCACUUGUUUCAGCGUGACUGAAACAAAACUGUUUUCUGAUGGGAACUGAACUGGAAUUCUUUGUCCAACAUAGGGAGCACACUGCUUCAGUCAGGACGACAUAAAGCCUUUUGCUUUAUGCUUCAUGCAU